AUGCCUCAGCUUUUAGGAAAGGAAGUCGGACCUACGGGCUAUGGCUUGAUGGGUUUGACCUGGAGAGUAGAGGUCAUGCCUCAAGAACAAGCUAUUAUUGCCUUGAAGACGGCGUUGAACAAGGGAAUGAACUUCUGGAAUGGUGGUGAAUUCUACGGUCCUCCAGAAUACAACUCCCUCGUCCUUCUGGAGCGCUACUUCGCCAAGUACCCUGAAGACGCCGACAAGGUAGUACUCAGCAUCAAGGGUGGCACGAAUGCUUUCGGCACUGAUCCAGAUGGCUCACCCGAGAAUACCCGCCGAUCCCUUGAUAACUGCAUCGCUCAACUUAAGGGUCGCAAGAAGAUUGAUAUCUUCGAGUUUGCUCGUAUUGACCAGAACACACCCCUAGAGGUUACUUUUGGUGUUAUCGAGAAGGAGUACAUUCAAACUGGCAAGAUCGGUGGUAUCAUGCUUUCAGAAGUCCGCGCCGAGACCAUCCACAAGGCUGUCAAGAUUACUAAGAUUGUCGGUGUUGAGGUCGAACUCUCCUUGUUCUCCCGUGAUAUUCUAGACAACGGUGUAGCCGCCGCAUGCGCACAAUAUGACAUCCCAAUCAUCGCCUACUCACCCGUAGGCCGAGGCCUGCUCAGCGGCAAGAUCAAGUCCAUCGACGACGUGCAACCACACCUCCGAAGCUGGCCCGUCUUCCAGCCGGAGAACUUGGCGAAGAACCUAGUGCUGAUCAAGCAAGUUGAAGAUAUCGCCGCAUCGAAGGGCAUCACCCCCGCACAGCUGGCUAUCAACUGGACGAAGCGACUUUCGACCUGGCGCAAGGACGUCCCGAAGGCUAUCAUCCCGAUCCCUGGUGCCACGACUCCAGCUCGUAUCGAGGAGAACUCUGCUGAUGUGGAACUUACGGAUGAUGAGAUGGCUCAAAUUGAUGCUACGAUCUCAAAGUUCCCGCGUGCUGGUGCCCGAUACCCGGAUUACAUUCCCAUAGAGACUUAG